GCGCUUUUGAAAACUUGCACUCAAAAAGAGAUUGGGAUGAGCAAUUCCUAAACAAAUCUCACUUUUUGAAAGAGCCAAAAAAGAAAGUGCAGGUGAGCUUCCUUCCUUACAUGAUUUUCCCACUAAGAUCUUCUUCUUCAUCUUCAUAGUGUAGAUAGUACUAGCAAAAACAGCAUGUUAGAAGGCAAAGCUCUGAUUGAAGACACAGACAUGCCAGUGAAGAUGCAGAUCCAAGCCAUGUCAUGGGCUUCUCAAGCUCUUGAUGUUUAUGAUGUUUUAGACUGCAAAUCUAUUGCUGCUCACAUCAAGAAGGAGUUUGACCAGAAGUAUGGAGGUGGAUGGCAGUGUGUGGUGGGAUCAAACUUUGGGUGUUUCUUUACUCAUACUAAAGGAACAUUUAUCUAUUUCACUUUGGAGACUCUUAACUUCCUCAUCUUCAAAGGAGCCUCUUCUCCUUGAAGGGAAGAAAAUAGGAGAUGUAGUUACUCUUAGAUAGCUCAUUUUCCUGUUCAUAAUCUCCUUCCCCUUUUUGACUUCAAUGUAUUUUCUUUUUUUUUUACUACUUUUGAAAGCAAGAUCUGGGAAGGUAAUGAGAAAACCAAGAAGUUCAAAUGUAUGCUUCCAAGAAACUGUAGUUUUUAGUUAGUCAUGUAUCCAUGAGUAGAAUAAUGAAUGAUUGGUGCUGUUCUGCUCA